AACAAUAUGGCUGCUUACUUGCAAAGUAUACUUCCUUAUUUAACAACAGAAUAAUGUAUGUGUCUGUUAUUGGAUCAAGCAAAUACUAAGUCGCAAACAUAACUACUUUGAAACCUACGUUUAGCGCCUGCUGCGCUGUUGGAGAGAUGGGAGCAAAUGCUUCCCAGUUAGAAAAGGAAAUUGGUUCUGAGCAGUUCCCAACCAAUGAACAUUACUUUGGUUUGGUAAAUUUCGGGAACACAUGUUAUUGUAAUUCAGUGCUGCAGGCGCUUUAUUUUUGUCGGCCAUUUCGUGAAAAGGUACUUCAGUACAAGCACCAAGUGAAAAGUAUUAAAAAAGAGACGCUCCUCACUUGUUUGGCUGACCUGUUCUACAGUGUUGCCACGCAGAAGAAAAAAGUUGGGACUUUAGCUCCUAAGAAGUUCAUCACAAGGUUACGAAAGGAAAAUGAAUUAUUUGACAACUACAUGCAGCAAGAUGCUCAUGAGUUCCUCAACUAUCUACUCAAUACAGUGGCUGACUUACUCACUGCUGAGAAGAAAGGUAACCAGAAAACUCCAGAAACAAACCCGAACAUAAAGCCAGAUCCUACUUGGGUCCAUGAAAUCUUUCAGGGAACACUAACCAAUGAAACCAGAUGUCUGAACUGUGAGACUGUGAGUAGUAAAGAUGAGGACUUUUUGGAUUUAAGUGUGGAUGUGGAGCAGAACACGUCUAUAACACACUGCCUUAGAGGCUUCAGCAACACAGAGACCCUGUGCUCAGAGCAUAAAUAUUACUGUGAGGUUUGUUGCAGCAAGCAGGAGGCUCAAAAAAGGAUGCGUGUGAAGAAACUACCACAGAUCUUAGCGCUACACUUAAAGCGUUUCAAAUACAUGGAGCAUCUGAAUCGCUAUAUUAAAGUUUCCUAUAGAGUUGUGUUUCCUCUUGAACUUCGCCUUUUUAAUACAUCUGAUGACGCCUUUAACCCAGAAAGACUGUACGAUUUAGUGGCUGUAGUUGUGCAUUGCGGCUCCGGGCCUAACAGGGGGCACUAUAUCAGCAUAGUCAAAAGUCAUGGCUUUUGGCUUCUCUUUGAUGAUGAUAUUGUAGAUAAAAUUGAUGCCAGCCAAAUAGAAGAAUUUUAUGGAGUGCCAUCCGAUUUGCAAAAGAACUCUUCAGAAUCUGGUUACAUUUUAUUUUACCAGUCCAGGGAAUGAAAUGUGUUCAGUGUUAAGUUUUUUGUUUUGUUUGACACUUACAAGAGUAGCAGGGUAGAUUACUGAUGUGUUUAUUUGGAGUUUAGGGGGUAAGUCUGCAUUUGGGCUCAUUACAGCUUUCUAUUCAUUUAUAUAAUCUAUUUAAAGUAUGUUUCGUAGGAUGAUUCUUUAGGCACCCGUUUUUUGGUUUUUUAUUUUACUGCUGUUAGUUUUAAGCUACACAUUUUGUUUUCUUUAGAAAAAAUAGUUUAAAAAAGUAAGCAGAAUAUUAUAGUAUUUUUAUAGCUUUUCUAAAAGUUCAUCUGAAAAGAAAUUUUUUUUAUUAUCAGUAUACAUUUUUUAAUGUAUAAUUUCUUACGAUGCCAUUAUCUAAAAAUUUUGAAGCCGUGAUUUACCAUGUGGUUUUAAAAGCUACAGAUUGUGAACAGUCUUUGUAUAAUUUCUCUAGGAUUUGCAUCCGGUCCACAUAAAGUAUCCAACAUCUAGCACGCCCUUACUGGCUAGUAGAAGUUUGUGACUUAAGGCCUGUGAUAACUCCCAACUUAUCUUGUGAUAUUAAGUCUCUUCUGUUAGUUUGUUGUACUCCAAACCUAUUCAUGUUUGUGACAGGUGUACAAACUGUUGUAAAAUAGGGUAACAUAAUUGAAGCUAAUGAGUUUCAGAACCUUCCUGUUUGGUCAGUCAUAUUGUAAUUAAGUUUGGCUGUUUUUGUUUAUACAGUUUCUUAAAAUCUUUUUUCCAGUGUUUUAUCAGCACCUUUGUCAUUCUACACCUUCAGAAAUGUUGGCUUAUUUUGUGUCUUUUUGCCAUAAUUUGAUAAAUUGGUAGGUGCAAAAGACAAGGCUUGACCAAUUGUAUGAUACAGAGAUCAACUUAUCCAAACUUAAAAACUUCACAUUUACUUAAUUAACCCCUCAAAGAUUCUAAAUAAGAAAUGAGGUAGAAUAUUUUUAAAACAAAUUGUACAAAGAUGUUCAUUAAUUACAUUAGGUUUUAAAACAGAAGUUUAUUUAUGACUAUAAAUACAGCAAGUUCAAAACAAUUUGUAUUUUUAUAAUCAAACUCUAUCAGCUGUUGGUAGAUAUUUUUUGUUUGUUUUAUUGCAAAUCGAACUAUUUAAUUUUAUUAUGUUCUUUUGUUACGGACAUCAGUCCUUUCCAGUGUUAUAAAAUAGUCAAAGCUUGUUCCUGUCUCCAAGAUGUGUUUACCUUUUCACUAAGUUUUUUAAGCUAUUGCCAGUUGUACUCAGCUAUAAUCUGUACUGAGCUGGAACAUUUUAUCCCUGUUAAAUUUAAAUAACUGUAUAUUUAGAUGGAUGAUUUAAAAAUCAGACUAAUGUUAAACGAUUUUCACUGAGUAGUUUUUCACAUUUUUAAAUUAAGUUAUUUAGGUUAGUUAAAAAUAUUUUGAAGUUUUGCACUGAUUGUACCCACAACACAAGUUUUAACAAUUAUUUUAAACAGAGAGUACUGCUUAAAAAAAAAACAAUUUAUAUUGACUCUGAUCAUAGUAGAUUUAUAUUUA